CGCACAUCCCGCGCGGGCUCGCAUGGCGGACAAGAAACUGGUGGUGGUGUUUGGAGCCACAGGUGCUCAGGGGGGCUCAGUGGCCCGGACGCUCCUGGAAGAUGGGACGUUCAGGGUUCGAGUGGUGACGCGGGACCCUGGGCAGAAGGCAGCAAAGGAGCUGAGGCUGCAGGGUGCAGAGGUGGUCCGGGGAGACCAGGAUGACAAGGCCAGCAUGGAGCUGGCCCUUAGUGGGGCCCAUGCUGCCUUCAUUGUGACCAACUACUGGGAAAACUGCAGCCAGGAGCAGGAGGUCAAGCAGGGAAAGCUGCUGGCCGAUCUGGCCAAGAGCCUGGGCCUUCACUACGUGGUCUACAGCGGCCUGGAGAACAUCAAGAGGCUGACGGCUGGGAAACUGGCAGCAGGCCACUUUGAUGGCAAAGGGGAGGUAGAGGAAUAUUUCCGGGACAUUGGAGUUCCCAUGACCAGUGUGCGGCUGUCCUGCUAUUUUGAGAACCUCCUCUCCUACUUCCUGCCCCAGAAAGCGCCUGAUGGAAAAAGCUACUUGCUGAGCUUGCCCAUGGGUGAUGUGCCCAUGGAUGGCGUAUCUGUGACCGACCUGGGUCCCGUGGUGCUCAGCCUGCUGAAGAUGCCGGAAGAAUACGUCGGCCGGAACAUUGGGCUCAGCACCUGCAAGCACACAGCAGCAGAGUACGCCGCCCUGCUCUCCAAGCACACCGGGAAGACCGUGUGCAACGCCAAGACGACUCCGGAGGACUACGAGAAGUAUGGCUUCCCUGGAGCCCGGGACCUGGCCAACAUGUUCCGUUUCUAUGCCCUGAAACCUGACCGUGACAUCGAACUGACCCUGAGGCUCAACCCCAAGGCCAGGACUCUGGACCAGUGGCUGGAGCAGCACAAAGGAGACUUUGCUGGGCUCUGACCCUGCCACCUCUCAGCCCCGUCUGGGGGCACGGGGAGGUAUCACAGUGAUCCGUUCUUGUGUUACAAAAAAAAUUAUUUCUUAAAUAAAGGCCAUUGUUCUCACAGAUGGGUUCCAAAAGAA